AUGGCAGCGCUCCUUGCAAAUGCAGCACUCCUUGCAAAGGCAGUACUCCUUGCGAAGGCAGCACUCCUUGCGGAUGCAGCACUCCCUGCGAAGGCAGCACUCCUUGCGAAGGCACCACUCCAUGCAAAGGCAGCCCUCAUUGCGAAGGCAGCACUCCUUGCGAAGGCAGCACUCCUUGCGAAAGCAGCACUCCUUGCGGAGGCAGCACUCCUUGUGAAUGCAGCACUCCUUGCGAAGGCAACACUCCUUGCGAAGGCACCACCCCUUGCGAAGGCAGCACUCCCUGCGAAGGCAUUACCCUAUGUGAAGGCAGCACUCCCUGCGAAGGCAGCUCUCCUUGCGAAGGCAGCCCUCCUUGUGAGGACAGCACUCCUAGCUAAGGCAGCACUCCUUGCGAAAGCAGCACUCCUUGCGGAGGCAGCACUCCUUGUGAAUGCAGCACUCCUUGCGAAGGCAGCACUCCUUGUGAAUGCAGCACUCCUUGCGAAGGCAACACUCCUUGCGAAGGCACCACUCCUUGCGAAAGCAGCACUCCUUGCGGAGGCAGCACUCCUUGUGAAUGCAGCACUCCUUGCGAAGGCAUCCCUCCUUGCAAAGCACCACUCCUUGCGAAGGCAGCACCCCCUGCGAAGGCAGCACUGCUAG